AUGGCACAACAAGCAGCUGAGAAUAAUCGUGUUCCGGAACAAGUAUCAAGACAUUACGCCAAAGGAGCUGUUCCCCAUAUUUGCCCCAUUAUGCUUGAGAUUCUCACCCACCAAGAUGAAAACGACGACGACGAUGAUUGGACUCCAUCAAAAGCUGCAGGUGUUUGUAUUAUGUUAAUGGCACAGUGUGUGGGCGACACCAUUCUCGAUCCUGUCAUGCCGUUUUUGAAGCAUUUCAGUAGUAAUAAUUGGAAAUAUAAAGAAGCUGCUAUUAUGGCAUUUGGGAGCAUACUUGAUGGUCCUGAUCCAAACAAGUUGAUGGGUCUCGUCGAGCAAGCGAUGCCGGCUCUUAUAGAGAGCAUGGCAGAGAAGAAUGUUACCAUACGUGAUACCUGUGCAUGGACAAUUGGGCGUGUACUAGAAAUCUGCCCAGAAGUAGUAAACAAAGAUGGUAUGCUGGCACGUCUACUUCCCUCACUUAGUCAAGCGCUUCAUCAAGAACCCAGAGUUGCUGCGAAUGUUUGCUGGGCCCUGGUAGCCCUUGUGAAAGCCGCAUAUGAUAUGGCUUGUAGCCAAGGAACCGAUAGCUCGGGACAGCCCGAAACUUACGCUCUUUCACCUUGCUUUGAAGCAAUGAUCAGCGAAUUGAUUAAAACAACAGACAGGCAA